AGAAUUGUAGAAGGCGUAAAAUGGAAAACCGAUCUAAAACAUUGGCGGAGUUCAAAGCGGAGGCUCUCGCGCGUUUGAAAACUCGGAAGAGUCCCCGCGGAAACUCUUCCGAGGAGCCGACCGUCGAUGAUGUGGCGGUGGAAAUCAUGGGGUUGAACAUAUCUGACGACGUGAAAAUAGUUGAAAUUGAAGAUUCAUCCUACAUCUCUCGUGGGCCAACUGGAUUUGCUACCGACGAAGACAUGGCCACAAAGCAUAAAUGUUGGUGGGAUGCCAUGCAUACGGAAAAGCCUCGUCGAGUCGGUGUUAUUCAUGAAAGACUGGAGAGUUCUUUGGAAGAGAAUAAAGAUCGUGUGGUACGUGUACAAGGAAGAAAUGAUUCAACAGCUCUUCGUGAAGAUAUCCUGCGUUUCCACUCCAGUUCGCAUUUGGAGUCGUUGAAGAAAGCAUCAGAAUUGCCCCGGAGUGACAUGCAAGCCUUCGCAAAAAAAUAUGAUUCUGUUUAUUUUGACGAGGAUACGUACGAUAUGGCCAUCCGAGCGGUGGAUCUCACUACUUCGCUGAUGGAUAAAAUCAUCAACGGAAACUUGCAAAAUGGGAUGGCUGUUAUCAGGCCACCGGGACAUCACGCAAUGCCUGAAGAAUUCAACGGAUUCUGUUUCUUGAACAAUGUAGCAAUUGCUGCGAAAAGAGCUCUGGAAGUUCACGGUAUGUCCAAAGUUCUCGUUGUCGAUUUCGACGUGCAUCAUGGACAAGGCAUUCAAAGAGGAUUUUACAGUGAUCCAAGGGUUUUAUACUUCUCGACUCAUCGUUACGAGCGAGGCAAAUUUUGGCCGGAAUUGCGUGAGUCGGAUUAUGAUUGUAUCGGGGAUGGAACAGGAAAGGGUUUCAACAUUAACUUCCCAUUCGAUGAUGUGGGAGCAACGGACGCUGACAUGCUGACGGUGUGGCAGCGAAUUCUUCUUCCGAUUGCCUACGAGUUUAAUCCGGAUUUAGUCCUGAUUUCCGCUGGUUAUGACGCAGCAUUUGGUUGCGCUGAGGGCUGUAUGAGAUUUACGCCCGCGUUGUAUGCGCACCUCGUUAAGCCACUCAUGGGCCUAGCUGGUGGGAAAGUCGCAGUUAUCCUCGAGGGCGGAUAUUGCUUGGAAUCUUUAGCAGAAAGUGCCUUGCAAACGUUCAAUACGUUAUUGGGCAUUACCUGUCCUCGUCUUCCCGAUUUAGACGUGAAAGCUUGUUCUUCGAAAACCAAGGACAUGAUCAAACGCUGUUGGAGUGUUUUAAAACCUCAUUGGGUGUGUCUGAGUUGGGUUCCCGAGGAUAUCCUUCCGAAACUCGAAAAUUUUGGCUUGGAGCCGUCAGCACCAUUCCCGGCAGAAUCCGAUCCGUAUGAAAUGCAUGACCUGAACACCAACGAAAAGUUGGGAUGGAUUUUGAAGCGCAUGAAAUUUCAAGGGGAGAAAUUCGCAAGAAAACGAAGAAAACCUCAGCAUGGCUGGAAGUCCGUCGCUGUUGUUUAUGAUCCUGUAAUGAUGAGUCACUCACCUGGAGAUAAGCAUCAUCCCGAAAGGCCAGAACGUAUUUCAGCAAGUUGGGAGCGUUUAGAAGAACUGGAGGCUCCCUCGCGUUGUCUCCUACUGAAAUCCAGGAUGAUCACUGACGAAGAAAUUUUACUAUGUCACGAUCAGACGCAUUUAUUGAAUAUGCGCGACAUAGGGGCCAGGGUGAAGAAUGAUCCAGACUUCGAAGACAAACUUCAUGUCAAGUCCUUGUACGUUUGCGAUGAGACUAAUUCGGCUGCGAAAAUUGCAGCGGGAUCCUGUCUUGAGGUGCUGGAAGCUGUGUUAAAUGACAUCACAGAAACGGGAUUUGCCAUCGUUCGACCUCCCGGCCACCACGCUGAACCGCAUGAACCCUAUGGCUUCUGCUUUUACAAUAAUGUCGCAAUUAUGGCCAAAUUUGCCUUGGAAGUUUACGGUCUGUCCCGCAUUCUCAUUUUGGACUGGGAUGUACAUCACGGCAAUGGGAUCCAAAGAAUGUUCGAGUCUGAUCCACGAGUUCUUUACAUGAGUUUGCAUCGCUUUGGAGCGCGUUUUUUCCCGGUUGGGCCUGAAGGAAAUUACGAUCAAGUUGGGAAGGACAUCGGACUCGGUUUCAAUGUCAACAUUCCGUGGAAUGCGGAUGGGUGUCGCAAGAAGUUCAGCGUUCCUGAUUACAUGGCUGCGUUUUUUCAUGUAGUGUUGCCAAUUGCGUACGAAUUCGACCCAGAAUUGGUGCUGAUUUCUGCAGGGUUUGACGCGCUUGACAGAGAUCCGGUGGAAGAAAAAAUUUGUCUGAUCCCGGGCGUGUUCGCGCACCUGACGCAUUUACUGUCCACUUUGGCCGAUGGGCGCGUUGUGAUGGCUUUGGAAGGCGGCUAUCGCGUGGACGGAGUUGCUGAGAGUGUAGCCCGUUGCAUAACGACGCUGCUUGGGGACAGGCCGCCUCGACUCGGUCCUGGGCUCUGUCCCGAUUGGGGCCUGAACCCGCGAACAGCGACAGCUUUGCGAAGCGUGGCUGGAGCACAAAAAAAUUACUGGAAGAAUGUUGACGUGCAUUUGCCCCGCAUUUUUCUGUUGUGCGGUCUGGUAGAUUUCGAACUCUUUUUGUUGUUGCUGAAAGAAAUUUGUCUGAUCCCGGGCGUGUUCGCGCACCUGACGCAUUUACUGUCCACUUUGGCCGAUGGACGCGUUGUGAUGGCGCUGGAAGGCGGCUAUCGCGUGGACGGAGUUGCUGAGAGUGUAGCCCGUUGCAUAACGACGCUGCUUGGGGACAGGCAGCCUCGACUCGGUCCUGGGCUCUGUCCCGAUUGGGGCCUGAACCCGCGAACAGCGACAGCUUUGCGAAGCGUGGCUGGAGUGCACAAAAAUUACUGGAAGAAUGUUGACGUGCAUUUGCCCCGCGUUUCUGACCAAAAGUGA